UGGAUCGCUGACGGGCCGAGAGAGGGUUUUAUUAUGGAUUCCGACUGAGGCGAAAUCUGGCCCUUCUGCGGCUCGUUUGGAGCGACCUCUCCCCUUCAGGAAUUUAAUUAAAAUGCUGCUGUCAAUAGGAAUGCUAAUGCUGUCUGCCACUCAGAUUUACACCAUUCUCACAGUUCAGCUGUUUGCCUUCUUAAACCUGUUGCCUGUGGAGGCAGACAUUUUAGCGUAUAACUUUGAAAAUACAUCACGGACAUUUGAUGACCUGCCAGCAAGGUUUGGUUACAGGUUGCCCUCAGAAGGCUUAAAGGGUUUUCUGAUAAAUUCAAAACCUGAGAAUGCCUGUGAACCCAUAACUCCUCCGCCCCUGAAAGACAAUUCUUCCCGCACAUUUAUUGUAUUAAUCAGAAGACUUGAUUGCAACUUUGACACAAAGGUUUUGAAUGCUCAAAGAGCUGGCUUUAAAGCAGCCAUAGUUCACAAUGUUGAUUCCGAUGAACUCAUUAGCAUGGGAUCCAAAGACAUUGAGGUCUUAAAGAAGAUUGACAUUCCAUCUGUCUUUAUUGGUGAAUCAUCUGCUAAUGCCCUUAAAGAAGAAUUCACAUAUGAGAAUGGAGGCCAUAUUGUGUUAAUUCCAGAGUUCAACCUCCCUUUGGAGUACUACCUAAUCCCAUUCCUAAUCAUUGUGGGGAUCUGUCUCAUACUUAUUGUUAUUUUUAUGAUUACAAAAUUUGUCCAGGACCGACACAGAGCAAGAAGGAACAGGCUUCAAAAAGAUCAGCUUAAGAAGCUUCCAGUACAUAAAUUCAAGAAAGGAGACGAGUAUGAUGUUUGUGCCAUUUGUCUGGACGAAUAUGAGGAUGGGGAUAAGCUCAGAAUCCUUCCCUGCUCUCAUGCAUAUCACUGCAAGUGUGUGGAUCCCUGGCUGACUAAAACCAAGAAAACAUGCCCUGUGUGUAAGCAAAAAGUGGUCCCUUCUCAGGGGGAUUCGGACUCUGAAGCAGACAGCAGUCAGGAAGAAAAUGAAGUCUCUGAGAAUACUCCUUUGCUUAGGCCACUGGCUUCGGUCAGCACUCAGUCUUUCGGGGCACUGUCUGAGUCUUACACCAAUCCAAACAUGACAGAGUCUUCAGACUACGAGGACGAUGAGGAGGAGGAAGAUAUUGACAGUAGCGAUGCCGAGAAUGGAGCAACAGAAGAGAGUGUGGUAGUCCAGCUUCAGCCCAAUGCUGAACGAGAUUACAAAGUGGCAAAUACUGUUUGAACUUCAGGACUGCAAAGAAAAGUGUUACAUGAACUCCUCUGGCCAGAGAACUCUCCUUUAUGUAUGCAUACAUAGGGGAAGCAUUGUGACCCUCCAGUUGCUUCAGUGUAAGCAGCUGUUCAUAUAGUGUUCUGUAUAGUUUAAUCGCAUUGCAGGUUCUCCUUUUUUGUUUUGUUCAUAUUUGUCUUUUGAGGACAAGCAUUUUAACUGGACUUCACAAACAGCCAUGAGUAACAAGCGCUCCAACACGGCUACCCACCUGGAUCUAACAAGCACUUCAGUCACUGCAGGUAAUGCACACAAACAGAGAUGCUACUUCAGUUGUCAGCAUCUGUUUGAAAUGGAGUUAUGCCAAGGUAAAUAUUUCCCCCCUACAUAUAGUCUGUAGCAAAUAGGUAUGUCUGUGAGAACUUUUCACAGAAAAGCCAACAUUACACAACCAAGAUUGGCCCUCUUUAGUAUUCAAUCAUGAUCAUUUUCAGCGGAUGAGAACAAGACCUUUGAUCUCCACUGAAGCAGCUUUUCCAGUCAUCUCACUGUGCAGUACAAGGUUGUAAAAUUCAAACUUAAUUUUUUUUCCAAAAAAUGUUUAGGCCUUAAUCAGAACAAUGUAUUCACACACCACUGACAUCAACUCAGCUAGUCCCCCCCCCCAAUGAAACAGGUGGGGGACAAACUGAAAGGCAACUCCCAUGUCAAACCACAUAUAGAAAACUGAGUCGUAUUGUGUGCUCUUUUCACAAAUCAUAUACCUCUUUAUAAGGAGCAUGUGAUGAUGCAUUAGUCUGCUAAAACUAUGCACAUAGAGAAUCAGACCAAGUACUGGGUUUGAAAAUGAGUGCUUAUAAAUAUCUAACAGGAUUCUACUUACAGUGUAUCAUGAAAAGAUUAAAUUAUAUACAGUUGUAACUAUGUAGAAAGUAACCACACUACUGUAUAAUCAAACUGCAAACAUUUUUUAUAUGGUCUUGUAUAGGGAAGUUUGAAAGAAUGUUAAUAAACUUGUUUUCCACUUUA